UUAGGAUACUCAGCUGGUACUACUCUCAGUUUAUGAAAGAAUCUUUAAAAAUGCCUUACAUAAAACUACAAAGUUCUGAUGGCGAAAUAUUCGAGGUUGAUGUUAAAAUAGUAAAGCAUUCGAAUAUGAAGACUAUAUUGGAAAAUCUUGAUUUGAAUGAAGGUGAGGAAAAGGUUGUACCGUUGCGAAAUAUAAACUCUGCAACGCUAGAAAAGAUCAUGUGCAAAACUAUUGCUAAUAUGAUCAAAGGCAAGACACCUGAAGAGAUUCGCAAAACAUUCAAUAUCGAGAACGAUUUUACAGCUUCUGAAGAAGAACAAGUGCGCAAGGAGAAUGGAUGCUUACAAUUGCCGAAAAAAGAGACUUAG